AUGUCGUGGACACACUCCCCUGGCUCCUACAUCCCGGAGCAACAAUAUUACUCCUCGAUGGAUAUUCACCCUUCAUCACCACCCAAACCGAUUAAUGCUUUGUCGCCUUCUGCAUCCGCCGCCCGAGAACCGAAACUCCAGCUCCCCUCUACAACCGACCCCCCCGGGCCGCAGAACCCGCCUAAGCAGCUCGUAUGGCUGAUCUUCGGCGCCACAGGCCACAUGGGCCGUUCACUCGUCAAGACCGCCCUAUGCCGCAAUGACCUCGUCGCAGCGGUCGGGCGCACAUUCGAGAACAGCCCCGAAUCAAUGAAGAAGCUGGAAGAGGAACACGAGAACUGCCUCGGACUGCUAUGCGACGUUCGCGCGCGCGAAACGGUCAAGAAGGUCAUCGACCGGACCAUCGAGCGCUUCGGGCGCAUCGACAUUGUCGCCAAUUGCGCCGGGUACGGCGUGAUCGGCGCCUGCGAGGACCAGGACGAGUACGAGAUCCGCGACCAGUUCGAGACGAAUUUCACCGGCACCCUGAACAUGAUCCAGCUGUCGCUGCCGCAUUUCCGCGAGCGCCGGUCCGGCCGGUAUCUGAUCUUCAGCUCGACGUCGGGCGCGCUGGGCGUGCCGGGGUUGGGGCCGUACUGUGCGUCGAAGUACGCGGUGGAGGGGCUGAUGGAGAGCAUGCUCUACGAGGUGGACAGUUUCAAUAUCAAGGGCACGCUCGUGGAGCCGGGCCAUAUGCGGCGCGACGACGUGGGGGACCUUGUCUCGCACACCGCUGCUAUGGCUAAUAACGAGCACAACCUCGCGUCGCCGCUGCCGCUGUACGGCCAUUUCUUUGUCAAGCAGCCCAGCGUGCCGUAUAGUACGCCCACGGCGCCCGCGGCGCAUGCAAAGCGCAUGCUGAUGUGGCUGGGCGAUAAGCAGCCUGCCAGUGCGGUCAAGGCGGCCCAUCUAGUUUGGCAGCUGGGCCAUUGCUCCUAUCCUCCGCUGAGAUUGAUCCUGGGAACCUACGCGGUCGAGAGUAUCCGCGACAGACUCAAGUGCAUCAUCGAGGAGAUCGAAGACUGGAAGUAUCUCAGCUUCCCAGUGGGCGAUCAACCGGGCUCCUCUACUGGGAAAGACAAGCCAUCAACGGAGAGCGGGGAAAAACAGGAUCGAGAAACGGCCACCUGA